AUGUCAUACAGCAUUAUUUAUGUGACAUCACACCCCCAACUCCUAUAUAAGGAAUUGCUGUCCAAAAGUUUGGAUGUGGUGGAGAGUGAGGAUUGGAUUGCAGAUUUAGGAGAAACUUUUGGAAGUCAGCUUCCUUUAUACAAUUCUUACCCAGAGGAGAAGAAUUUUGCAUACAAGUGCAUUGGCAUCAUCAUGAGAAAAUCUACCAAGAAGGACUUUGUCAAUAAGCAUUUGGAUUUAAUGUUUAGCACAGUCAAGCACACAGAUCAAGUGGAAAGGGAGGGUGUUGCUAUAGCCAUGGGUUUCUGUGCUGCGUCCCAUCUGGACCCUGUCUUAGGAAAGCUGGACUCAGUGGCCAAAAACGACAUGGUCCAGAAAUCAGGGGGACUCUUCAAAUUCAUGAAAGACAAGUCGGAGGUGGAUAUAGAGCGUAUUAAGGCCACCCUGAUGCUGUGUUAUGGCUAUGUGGCUUUAUUCUCCCCUGUCAGCUUAAUCGUGUCCAGAAUGGAGGCCACAAUCUUACGCAGCAUCACGCCGCACUUUGUCAACGUUAAG